UCCCGCAAGAUCUCCCCUAUUGCUUGCAUCGUCAUUUCAGAGUUCAGACAUCUCUCUCUCUCAGAAAGUACAAUACUAGAAAACAGUACUCUUUUCUCUCUUUCCCCAGCUCCAUUGCCUUCACCCUGGAGCCGUGUAAGAUUAUAAGAGAGUGAGAGACCCUCUAAUCACUCUUUUCUCUAAUCACAUUAGCUUCUUGUCUAAAAAUAGGUGAAAAGAAAGACUUUUUUGUUUCUUUGAAAAAUGGUGCCGAGGGGGCCUGGCAUGAACAGAUAUUUGAACAGAGAGAAUCCAAAUGCUUUAGUUGAGAUUAUUGCAGACCAGCAGAUAAUAGGACCGGGUGAGGACAAAGGAGAUCAGAGACGCGGGGAAGGGUCCGAAGGGAUGGGCCCUCUAAAGACUGCAGCAGAAAUCAGUGGCACUGCUGCACCAAAGAUUAAUGCGUUCCUCUCUCUCUCUCUCUCUCUCUCUCCCCCUUUGUUUUUGCUCGAGUGGCUAUAUUCGUUCACUCUGCACACCAUUUUUAUUCGUCUCCAACUAGCUCUCUGCAAAAGCCUUUUUUGGCUUGUUGGCGCACUCUCUAAUUCUUCCUCUUGAUGGAUUCUGUGAAGUUGGUAUUCUUUAUUUUCCAGACCCAUUUGUGUUUUUAGCUUUAAAUAUUGUGCACAGAAAUAGAAAAAGAGAAAGAUCGAGGGUCAUGAUGGGGUCCGAGUUGCUGAGACUUUAAAUUUUAGGUUCUUGGGUUUUGGAUUCUUGAAGGAAAUUCUGCUAUGUUUGUUCAUGCAAAGAAAGUAACCCAUUUUUUGUAUUGGCUCAUGAAGUUCUUGUGGUUUGAGAAGGUGGGACAAUGUCUAUUUCUUGUUUGCGUUUCCACUUUUUCUCUUGAUUAAGAAAGAGAGAUUUUUUAUUAACCACUGCUUUCUGGUUGCGGAAAAAGUGAGAGAAACCAGCGGUGUCGUGUGAACCUUGCACUGCCGUAGUUUGUUUUGGUUUCAUAAUGAAAACUGCACACUGCAGCAAACAGUUUCAUUUACAACUUUAUAUUUGAGAUUUGGAAGAUCUCUGUGAUCUAAGCUGGGGAAAUCCUAUGAACCUGCAUGAGAACUAUUGUCACCAGUGUUUUGCUUUCUGGGAGGUUAAUAUUACUUGCCAGAAAACAUCGAAAGCAUGAAGACGAUCGGCAUUAAUAUGUUCUGAUCUCCUCUGAAUUUUAGUAAGAGGAUUUCCUGGGAGAGUCAGAAUGGUGCUCUUGAAAUAAAGCUGCAUUCAUUUGAAGCACAAGAACCUAGUUAUGCAGCACUUAGUCAUUGUUUAUACCUGAUGCCGUGCAAUUUUUGGUUAUCUCAUACGAUGGAGAAUAAUUUGGGUAGAGUUCCAAUGGGUAUGGGCAGCCAAAGUUCUGUUGUCAUAUAUGGAUUUCCACCUUGUACAACAACAAAUGCACUUGCGCAAUCUGAGUCAUUUGACCUUAAUAACCAAAACCAUGUCAUGGCUGGUUUCCCAGUGCCUUCAGCAUUACAAGGCGAACCUAUUAAUGGUCUCCAUGCUAAUCUUCACAUUUCAAAUGGUGUGCACGUUGCUGAAUCGAAUGCAUUGAUUACAUUGAUAGGACGACACGAUGUGAGGGAUGCCACACCUUGCAGUCCACACCUCACUGAUAACUCUGGGUUUCCAGACCAAGCAGCUGGAGGAACGAUUAUUUCUACUGCUUCACAUGCUACAUUUCUACCUGCAAGAAGUGGUCUUCAAGAAAAUUUUAACAAUUUAGCAUUUUCAGCAGCUUCAGUCUGUCCUUUGGAAGUUUUACCAAUUUAUGAUUCAAAUGGCGAUUCUAACGCUUUGUUUGCAACUCCUGUGAAAUGUGGAUGCGAUAAUGUACUUGGUAGUAUGAACACCAAGUGGGAUACCAUUUACCCUGCUCCAUUGGAGCUUGAUGGGAAAUCCCCUGUUAGAGCAGAGCUUCAGCCCUAUCCAUCCACAGUGAAUUUGGUUCCAGAUGGAUGGAUGUCAUCAAAUCGUGGGCAUGUGACUGCAAAUCAUCCGUACAGUCCAUCCAGUUUUAAUAAUGAGCUCUCUCUAACUCUUGAUACAUCUGAGCCUUCUAUUCUCAGGGAGAUUAAUAUCCUCGAUCGGCCAUCAGAAAUGGGCAUGUCUGAUGUAACUCGCCUUUGCUUGAAUGAAAAAAGGUUAAGAUUUCAGCCAAUGUCUUGCAACAGUAAGGAGAUUUCCUUAAAUUUUGGUUCUUACAAUCCGCCUCAAUUCUCUCAAGGGGUAUUAGGAUCAAGAUAUCUUCCUGUAAUUAAACAGAUACUUGCACAGAUUGCAAAAUAUUCUCUAGAAAAUCUAGAUCAUUUGAGUUAUCCAAGGGCUCCAUUCUCUUCAAGUUUCCCCGCUGAAAGAUGGAUGCCGUCAAUGUUUCCUGAUGCGGAUGGUGGAUUUGAGCUUCAAAUGGAUUCCACAUUGCGAAGAUGGACAGUUGAAGCAAAGAAAACCCAUCUGCUGACUCUGCUACAAGUGGUUGAUGACCGUUGCAACCAAUGUAUGGAUGAGAUCCAUACUGUGAUAUCUGCAUUUCAUGCUGCUACUGAGUUGGACCCUCAGAUAGAUUGUCGGUUUGCUCUGCAAACAAUCUCUUUCUUUUACAAAAACUUGAGAGAGAGGAUUAGCAACCACAUCCUUGCAAUGGGAGCACAUUUUAACAGCACAUGCAAGAAAGAGAAGGAAAGAUCUUUUGAAACUUCUUUCAUCCAAAAGCAAUGGGCUCUCCAGCAACUAAAAACUAAAGAUCAUCCUAUAUGGAGACCCCAACGAGGCUUGCCUGAAAGAUCUGUCUCAGUUUUACGGGCAUGGAUGUUUCAGAACUUUCUUCAUCCGUAUCCUAGAGACACAGAGAAGCAUUUACUUGCAGUAAAAAGUGGAUUGACUAGAAGCCAGGUAUCCAAUUGGUUUAUAAAUGCUCGGGUUCGUCUGUGGAAACCAAUGAUUGAAGAAAUGUAUGCAGAGAUGAAUGAAAGAAAGGGGCGAUGGGAUAUGGAAGGAACCCAAAGCAAUCACAGAAGCCACAUAAGUAUCAGUCACCAUAGAUUUAAUGCGAGUUGGAGUUGAAGCUGAAAGAAGAAAGGUGAAAGAAGCUCCGGGGCUAUGCAAGAGGGACUCAAGGGGCUCCUUGGGCUGACACUUACUUGAGAUGGCCUGUACAAGCCAUAUCCCAUUAGGAAGUACUCCAAUGGUAUCAACAUGGCAUGGGGCUGCUCUUCUGUCACCAUUGACCCGCAAGCCUGAACCUGUGGUUUCCCAGCACCCUCCGGUAAAUAAAGCUAGCUUCUCAUGCCAGCUUAAUAUAAAUGCAUAAAUCAUAGGAUAGACCUGUUACAUACCUCAACUAAAGCACUAUAUCGUCUAUCUAGAUUGGAAGUCAUGUGGAGAGCCUCAGAAUGAAAUGGAGAGUUAUCCCCGACAAAGAUGAGCGAACGACAUUGUAGUUUUCUUAAUCCGUUGGUAAGGUCGGGUCUCCUGCUAGAUGUUAAAAAUAAAGUUAAUCCAAAUCUCAAGGCACAAGCAUCAAGCAUGUGUGCUCAUCACGAAACCACAAGGACAUAGCUUAUUACGCUGUGUUAGAUAGUCUUCUAUAAAGCAUUAAAACAAUUGAACCGCACAGACUCUGGCAAUUUUCACAUUGCUUACUGAAAAAACUUAGGUUCUUGGUUAUUGAAUUAAAUUUAAUUUAUGUCAAAUUAAUUAUUAAUGGGACU